CAUGCAUUAAGUUUUACAAGAAAUUAAGGCCUUUUAUAGAUCUAUGUAAACUGCUGCAAAAUAAUGGCUACAAGAAGUGACCUUGAUGCUCUGGUGGUCCAGGUGGAAGGAGGAUUGGAUCUAGAGGAGAACAAAGCUGGCUCAGGGGCUUAUGGCUGUGUCUUUAGAGUGACGGUGAAUGGAAGAGACUGCAUUGCUAAAAAACUACACCACAUAUUGCUCCAAGAGCGAUACCUUGGACAGAGGGAGAGGAUUGUAACAAUGUUCCAAAAUGAGUGUCAUAUUCUGAGUGUUUUGGAUCACCCCAACAUUGUCGCUUUUGUUGGAGUCCAUUACGGCCGCGAUAAGAACGACAUCAGUCUAAUAAUGGAAAGGCUUCAUAAUUCUGACUUGGCCAAUUUCGUUGAAACCCAUCGAGACACGAAUAUCGCCACUAGAAUCCAUAUCCUGUAUGAUGUAUCCAAAGGCCUUCACUAUCUCCACUCUCUGACCCCUCCCCUCAUCCAUCGUGACCUCACUGCUCCCAACAUCUUGCUCACUGAGGACCUCACUGCCAAGAUCGGAGACCUGGGUGUCUCCAGAUACGUUGAUCUGGAGAGAUUGACUCAAAUUGUUCUAACAAGCACCCCGGGAAAUGUAGGCUAUAUGCCUCCCGAGUGUCGUGUGGAACGGCCCACCUACACUACCAAACUGGACAUCUUCUCAUUCGGUCAUCUUAUCAUUCACACUGUUAUCGGAGAUUUCCCUAAAGUCAACCACGUACCUCAAAGUAUUCGCAACUAUUUCAAGUCUAUAGGAGGAAAGGAGGAGCUCAUGCGUCGAAGCACUGAUGUCCAUGGUGACAAAAUGGGGCAGAAACACGCUCUUUAUCCUCUUGUUGUUAGCUGCCUCCAUGACCGACCUCAACAGAGACCAUCAGUUGACGAAGUGAUUGUCUCACUCAGAAAGCUGUGUCUACAGCACCCCAGGAUGGAAUUUUUAGAUGCUUGUAAGACGGGUAAUGUGGGUGUGGUUCUGGAGCUACUGGAGUGUGGGGCUGAUCCCAACCAGGCAGACAAGGAUGUUCCUCUUCACUGGGCCAUUAACAAUGGACAUGAUGAGAUAGUGAGGGUCCUCUUAGCAGCCAAGGCUACAGUCAACACUCAGACCAAGUCCGGAGUGACCCCUCUUUGGGAAGCCAGUUUCAAUGGUCACCAGAAACGUAUGGAGCUCCUAAUCGAUGCUGGGGCCAAUGUUGAUGUACCCAGAGAGGAUGGAGCCACUGCGUUGAUUGUAGCUGCUCAGAAUGGUCAUGUGAGGGCAGUGGAAUUGUUGCUUGCAGCAACGACUAAGGUUGACAUUCAAGCAAAGAAUGGAGCCACAGCAUUGUACAUGGCCAGUAAGGAGGGUCACUGUGGAGUUGUUAGAAUGUUGUUGGAGGCCAAGACUGAUGUCAAUAUCGAGACUAAUAACAACCAGACAGCUCUGCAUGCAGCCAGUUACAAUGGACAUGAUGAGAUAGUGAGGGUCCUCUUAGCAGCCAAGGCUACAGUCAACACUCAGGAGAAGUCGGGAGAGACCCCUCUUUUAGUAGCCAGUUUCAGUGGUCACCAGAAAUGUAUGGUGCUCCUAAUCGAUGCUGGGGCCAAUGUUGAUGAACCCAAAGAGGAUGGAGCCACUGCGUUGAUUGUAGCUGCUCAGAAUGGUCAUGUGAAGGCAGUUGAAUUGUUGAUUGCAGCAAAAGCUCAUGUUAACAUUCAAGCAAAGGAUGGAACCACUGUGUUGUACAUGGCCAGUAAGAAUGGUCACUAUGUAGUUGUUAGAAUGUUGUUGGAGGCCAAAGCUGACGUCCAAAUCAAGACUAAUUCGGGAGAGACCCCUCUUUGGACAGCCAGUUUCUAUGGUCACCAGAAAUGUAUGGAGCUCCUAAUCGAUGCUGGGGCCAAUGUUGAUGUACCCAAUGAGGAUGGAGCCACUGCGUUGAUUGUAGCUGCUCAGAAUGGUCAUGUGAGGGCAGUGGAAUUGUUAAUCGCUGCAAAAGCUAAAGUUGACAUUCAAUAUAAGAAUGAUGGAGCCACAGCAUUGUACAUGGCCAGUCAGGAGGGUCACUGUGGAGUUUUUAGAAUGUUGUUAGAGGCCAAGGCUGACGUCCACAUCCAGAAUAAUGACGGACGUACUGCCUAUGAUGUGGCUAGUAGGAAUGGACACACUCAAGUGUGUGAACUACUACACUGACUCUGCACUUUGUUAAGUGUGUUGUCUGUGGUUGCAAUGGCAACUAGCAAUUGAUUUUUAUACAAUCAUCAUUAUAUAUAUUUGAACUCAAGAGUAGUUGACGUUAGUGUAUUGUAUCCAAUGUUCAUACAUAAUUAUUGUACGUAUGAUCAUAGUUAAGUUAUGACUAUGAUAACGCUUUUAUUUCCCACUCAAAAACCGGUUACCCUGUAUAAAUAACUAGAUCUAUAUGUAUACUCCAGCUAGCUAUUAUUUCAGUGCUGCCUUUCCUACAAAUUCUCUUAUAGGUGUUCCUGAUUGAAAAGUGAGACUGAGGUGGUUUCUGUAUUAAAAAUGUUGUUUCAUACUUAAUGAUCUUUACCAAAUACACUUCUCCAGUUCUGCAAUGUAUGAUCUAUACUGUCUAGACACAUUGUCAGCUAUUUCUAUCGAGCUAAAUACUGUAGGCUGGUAAUAUCCCACCCACACACACACCUCCAGGUUCCACAGCUACCUACAAGAGUGUACGGGACUAUUUGACCCCUCCUUCCAUACCCUCGCUCACGACAAUCGACUACUUCGAUUCUGGUCCGGUUUGCGUACGAAAAGUCCUUCAGUGGGGAAAGUGGAGGGGGCGGUCCACAGAGCAACAUG